AUGGUGAUCCCAGGGACGAAAGCGGAGGCUAUCUUCGACAGCACUGCACCACUGGACGAUGAGAAACCGGACAUGGCGUGCCGCGAGAACUCCUCGGAGUCCGGCGAGUACGAGGCCAUAAAUGACAAGAAACUGUUACGCCGCAUUGAUCUACACAUCGUAGCGUGGCUGGCGGCUCUGUACGCGCUCUCGCUGCUGGACCGCACCAACAUUGGGUCGGCCAAGGUCGCCGGCAUGGAGGUCGACCUCAAGCUGACGGGGAACCGCUACUCGAUUGUCUCGCUCAUGCUCUUCCCGACGUACAUCCUGCUCGAGGUUCCCUCCAACAUGCUCAUUCGUCGCAUCAGCGUCAGGAGAUAUCUUGCGUUCUUGAUCUUUUGUUGGGGCGUCCUGGCCAUGUGUUGUGGCUUUGUCAAUGAUUGGAAAGAUCUCAUCGCGGUUAGGGUGCUACUAGGCGCUUUCGAAGGUGCAUUCCAGCGGUACGAAACACACCAACGGAUUGCCAUCUGGUACAUGAGCGGGGCAUUCCUCAACGGUUUCCAAGGGAUUAUCAGCUACGCCCUGAGCCUGAUGGAAGGAGUCGGGGGACUUCGCGGGUGGCGGUGGAUUUUCAUCAUCCCGGGGCUUAUCACUGCCGUCAUGGCACUGCCGGUGUACCGAUACGUGAGCGAGUUCCCCGAAAAGGCCAAGUGGUUGAAGCCGCACGAGCUGCGCCAUGUCCAAGAACGACUGCAUCAUGACCGAGGCGAGGUCGAGGAGAGGAUGGAUCGGCAUAGACUCAUGGCUGCUCUGAGCGACUGGAGAUGCUGGACGUUGGCGCUGUUGCUCUUCUGGUCGACGGCCGGGUCGUACUCCCUGUCCUUUUUCCUGCCGUCGAUCCUCCGUGGCUUCGGCUUCAGCACGGCGCUCAGCCAGAUCCUCGUCACGCCACCGAUGAUCCUGUCCGUCUUCUGCUCCAUCGGAACCGGCCUGUGGGCGGAUCGCGUGCAUGUUCGGUCGCCAUUCAUUGUCGGACACAUGACUCUAGUCAUCGUCGGCAUCGUGCUGAUUGGAUGGGGCACGAACCUGGGCUCACGACUUGUCGGCGUGUUCCUCAUGACCAUUGGGAACAAUUGCACCAUUCCUACCAAAAUCGCCUUCCUCAUCAAUAACAUCCCGUCUUCGAGUAAACGCCAAAUCGCGCUGCCGUUGCAGGGAGGCUUUGCAGGAGUCGGUGGCAUUGCGGGAGCACUUAUCUUCCGGACACAGGAUGCCCCAAAGUACCACUUUGGCCUUUAUUUGUCUAUUGCAUUUGCAUGUUGCAGCAUUCUUAUGACCAGUUCGUUGGUGUUCUAUUUUCAUCGUGAGAACAAAAAGGUAGACGAUGGAGGGUCUGCCAUUGAUGGUAUUGAAGGAUUCCGCUAUACACUUUAG